AUGUAUCUGAAUGUGGUUCAGUGUGUUUUGGGCGGCGAAGGGCUGUCACUACAACUCCGGCACAUCUGUUCAUACCUUUUCUGGUAUUGCACUCACCAUAAGAAGGAAGCGCUGCUCAACGAAGCGAUUCUAUUGGUUGGCAACUUUGUUGUCCUCAACGACGAGAAUCAGGCGCUGUUAGAGUCGGGCCAACGGUCGACUGUCGUCCAGCAG